CGUCCUAGAAUGGAAAUUAUUCACAUACUUCAGAAGCCCUUGUUGCCUCUGUGCGCUGGGAAGGCUUUAGGAUUUUUUGUGUUUUUUUUUACACUACCAAAAUGGUGUGUUUUGGCGGUGUGCACAAGAGAAAUGUUAGCUAGUAAACUAAACUGGACGCUAGAGGGAAAUUUCGGCACUCAUUAGCUUCGUUGGAAGAGUUUUCUUACUGUUGGAGCGCCGUUCAUUGGGCUGUUUUAUGGAGACCCUUUCAAAAAGCCUUGCAGCUGAUUCCGCCCGAGUAAAGGGCUAUCAUGCAGGGGCUAUGCCCGACAGUGUUUCCAUGUCCUCCUAUAAAGAUUAUCCAGCUCACUGCCCCUUUGUCAGCACACUGGUGCAUCAUACCCCACAAACACGUAUUCAAUACUCGCGUUGUCCAGCAUCCCCCAGCAAAGCCUUCCCUGAAACAAAAAGGGCAGCAAUCUUAUCUGCCCUGAGAAACCUCCAGGAGAAGAUUAGGAGGUUGGAGUUGGACAAAGGGGAAGGAGUUCUCCAAGUUGGAGAAAAUGAUAUAUCCCACAGAGUUCUGCCAAGUGAGCGUGUUUCACAGAGUCUCUUAAAUGAUCAGAUAGACACAGCAAGAAGGGAGGACAGCCAUUCUCGUAGCAACCAAGCCUUGAUCACCCACCUUGCUGCAGCAGAGUCUCGCUGUGCAAAGCUGGAGCGACAGCUGGAGUACAUGAGGAGAAUGUUGCGCAGUGACAGGGCACAUGGGACCAGGCUGCACAGUCAGGAAUUCACAAAGAAUCCAAAUGCAGCCAAUAAACCAGCCGGGAUGGAAAAGCUGGAGAAACUGGAGGAGGAGUAUUUAAGGCUGAGAUGCGCACAGCAAAAUGCAGAGACGAAAAUCCUUGAAUUGGAGGAAAAAGUACAAGAAGAGGAACACCAGAGAAAGCUUAUGCAGGAUAGAGCUAAACUGAUUCAGAGGGGAAUGGAAGCUAAUAGGAUCUUGCUGCAGUCAGUGUCCCCUGCUCUGUCCAAAUGGUCUAAAGGGAAAAUAUUGAUUUCAGAGGAACCUUCUCCACGUCAGGUGACCCACAUGGAGCCACACUACAGACUGAAUCUCAGAGAUGUGCCUUUUGUUGCUGGAACGUCGGCUGGCAGCAGCCACUCAGUCAGAGCUAAUGUCCAGGCAGUGCUGUCCCUCCUCAAACAACACCAGCCACACCUCUGCAACCGCUGCGUCCUGCUUUCCAACUCAAACUCCUGUGGGACAGGUUUCCAGAAGCGUUCUGACUGUUCUUCCUCCUCUUGUGCCAGUGAGGAGGGACUCUCUGAGCUUCUGCAAGCUCUUCAGGAUGAGCUGAGACUGAUGAGUGUGGAGCAGGAUAAGUUGAUGUUGCAGUUGGAGAACAAUGUGUCUGAAGAGAAGAGGAAGGAGCUUCUGAAGGAGCAGGAGAGGCUUUUGCUUAAAAUGGAGAGGAAGGGAGAGCAGAUUAAUAAGCUCUACAAAUAUAAAUCACAGGCAAAAAAGUUACAAAAAGCCAAUUCUAGACGAAAAAGUGGGAAUGAGGUAGCAAUUUCCGGCAGAGGACGCUGCGUAGGCACCACAAAAAUUCCACCAGGAGAGGGCAGUAGGAGGAAUCUCAGGCUGCUGAGGGACAUGAAGGUUCUGCAAGCUUCAUUACGGACCUGAGAGCCAUCAGUACAGAAGCCAGAAAUGUUGGGCUUCCUUCUGGUGCCGUACCCCUAUUUUUGAUCAUUAUUUUACUAUGAAAACACACACACAAUUAAAAAACUAAGUAAACAUUUUAGGAAUUUCUAUUUUGAUUUUUUUCAGCAGGAUCAUUAUAUUCCAAGCCAUGGUGUUUUUCUUUGUUUUUUGCUGUUAUUUAUUUAUUUUUUUAAACUGGAAUAUCUUCAGGUUUUUUUUUCCUCCAAUGAGGUGUCCUCUUCAGUCUUGUUUUUCACCACCAGGUGGCAGCUUUUGUAUUCUACAUAAUGUGGUCAUUUUAUCACCACUCUAAUGGUAAUAGAUUCAAACUGCUUGAGUUUCGGCACAUUAUUAGGUGCCAUUGAAACAAACUAAUUUGAAAUAAAUCAAUUAAUGCAUAAGACAAUAACAUUAAAUCCAUUAUUUUUUCAUUAAAAUUAACUAUGUCAUGCUGUACUAAAAGGUUCCUAGGCUCAUAUACAUUUUGAUUCAAAGGUUUUUUCUGUCUUUUAUGUUGUUUGUAUAGUACAUAGAAAAAAGGAUACAGUUUUUCACUCUGCUUAUUAGGUAUGUACUAUCAAAACUAUUGUAAAUUGCAGCUAUGAAAAAUGUAAACUGUGCUGCAACAAUGUUUACAUUCACACUAAAAAAAGUCUGCUGGAUAUGAUAUCUCAAAUAACUUUUUUUUAUUUAUUCCUCAUUGUUGCACACGCAGAUUAAAGCAAAAGCGCAACAUUGAAUUUUUCAACAUUUUUGACACUGGGAUAUGAAUGUUAUGCCCCAAAUAUGUGCUAAUAUUUGGCCAAUCAGUACAAAAUACAAUCUUAUUUUAUUUUAUCAAGUUAAGAUUGCAGAGUGAACAGGUUUUUUUUGCCUCUGUGUUUGAAUUUAUUUUGAACGAUUAUUCAUUGUGAUGAGUUCUUCACAUUAGGUGAAUAAACAUUGCUGUAUUUGGUAUCAUAUGUUUACAAGGCAUCAUUAUUCAACUUGCUACUGACUUUUAUUUCCUAAAGGACAUAUUUUUAUUGCUGAUAUAAAUACAAGCUUACAACAA